CCAUCUAAUGUCAAAACGAAUCAUGUGCAAAGACUUGAAAGAAAAAGAAUAAACAAUGCGAUUUGUUUCGUAAGGGUCAAAGGAAUGCCCAUGUGAACUUGUAUAUAUGCUGUGAUCUAAUGGAAAUAUUGUAUCACACAAAACCACUGGAGGUGUCGUUUUAUCUACAAAAUGGCUACAACUGUCAGAUAAAAGAAAUCUAUAAAACAACAAUUGGGCUUAUGGUUUUUCAUCAAUUCACGGCUCUUCUGUUGGAGAGAGCAUGUGGGUUUGGAAGAGGCAAGUAAGAGAGAACAUGGGAACAACUGAAUGAGGCUCAAUUUUAAAUACCUAAAAUGAAUCGGUUUUGAUUUCUUCUCUACUUACAGGGAUCACAUGUGAGCUUGUUGUAUAGGAGAGUUUGGUCCUUUAUUUAAAGACCCAAUUCUUUUGCUUCGAAAUGCCAAUAAAUGUAAAUACAUUCAAUCCCAGUAGUACUCCUCAUCGGUCCUAAUCUUCCUCUUUGUUCUCCCCAGCAGCAUUUGUUGUCUUCUAACCUACCAAGAAAUGGCAAAAAUCAUUUUUGCAUUAUCAAUCUUGCUUGGAUUCUGCUAUCUUACUACUAGCGUGAAUUCCUACACGGCUUCUGGCUGGAGUAAAGCUCAUGCCACAUUUUAUGGAGGCAGCGAUGCCUCAGGAACUAUGGGGGGAGCUUGUGGAUAUGGGAACUUGAAUGCAACUGGCUAUGGAACAAGGACUGCUGCUUUAAGUACUGCCUUGUUCAAUGAUGGAGCUUCAUGUGGACAAUGCUACAAGAUCAUAUGUGAUUAUAAAUCAGACCCCAAAUGGUGCAUAAAAGGAACAUCUGUGACCAUUACUGCUACAAACUUUUGCCCUCCUAACUAUGCUCUCCCAAACAAUAACGGAGGUUGGUGUAACCCUCCUCUCCAGCACUUUGAUAUGGCUCAGCCUGCCUGGGAAAAGAUUGGCAUCUACAGUGGUGGAAUUGUGCCUGUUUUGUUCCAGAGGGUUCCAUGCAAGAAGCAUGGUGGAGUAAGGUUCACUAUCAACGGAAGGGACUAUUUUGAGCUUGUUUUGAUUAGCAAUGUGGGUGGGGCAGGAUCCAUCCAAUCUGUGAAAAUCAAGGGCUCUAAAACUGGGUGGAUGGCAAUGUCAAGGAACUGGGGAGCUAACUGGCAAUCCAAUACCUAUCUCAAUGGCCAAUCAUUGUCGUUCCAAGUCACCACUACUGAUGGAGUGACUCUACAAUUUCCUGACAUUGUGCCAUCAAAUUGGACGUUUGGCCUGACUUUUUCUAGCAAACAACAAUUCUAAGUUACUAAAAGCUUUAGAGUUCAGGAUUUUGGGUUUAGUUUCCGGCAGAGGCGUGCUUAUUAUUUUAGUAAAGCUGCCCGCUAUAUAUUUCUUGGGAUUUUAUAGUUUAAGAUGGUUAAAAUCACAUGGCUACUUCUUUUUUCUGGAUGGUGGUUCCGAUGGAAGUGAAUCCUUGAACUCAAGGCUGCUACAUUACAUUUUUUGUAUACAUGAAAUUGGUACCUUGUUUGAAAUUGUCAAUAAGAAGCGCAAGAAAACAUUGCAGCUUCAGUAAAAUAUAAAUUUUUUCACAAAUUUAAAUGUUUGUAAUUGGAGUUAUUUAUAAUUCUACCAUUUCUCACAAAUGUAAUAAAUCAACCGACAAACCUUCGGUUAAUUACCGAUCAAUUGUUAAAUUAAGUUCUGUCCCAUAGAUGAAAGCUUUGUUGUUUGGAUGCAGACUA